CCAGGGUGAGUCUUUUUUGGGGGGGUGGGGGGGUUGCCAGUCAGAGUGGCUGCAAAAGAAGUCAAGAGUGGCAAGUGUUCUCAGUAAAUUGCGUUGGCCGUGAAAGUUCCUGCUCACUUCGCUGCAGGGAUGUGUGUACCUCUGGUGGUGUUUCUCAGCUUCAUCGUGCUCCGCUCUGUGUCAGCUGGAGGUGUGUAUUGUGCUAAAACAGCGAGAGCCCGCGCAGCUGCCUUGGGUUUGGAUUAUCCUGGAGUCCACGGAGCGCCUGACCUCUACGGGCCAGCUCGCCAUGGGGCGCAUACCAGCAGGCUCAGGACUCACCCUGGAUUGGCUGAGGCUGAAGCUUACGUGGCCUCCAGCGGAAGAAAUCAACCGGGAGUGAGAUCCCUGGAUGUCCAACCAAGGAGCUCUGCUUCUACAUUUCCACUGAGCCAUAACAAUCCGGUUCAUCGUGAAUACACAGCUGACCAAGUGCUCAGAUCUCCCAGAGGACAGUCAGUUAUUAACCGCGAGUCCGAUUUUGAGGAGGUCAACCGUGUUGCCCCUCCAACUCUGGCUGAAGCCCCGGGCCAGCCUGACCUUGUGAAAUGGGAUCCUCAAGGUCGCACUGAACCGCUCUCAUUUGUCUACAAUCAUCGUGACCUUGUUGUUGACGAGUCCAUCCCAAAUAGACGUGGCGUGUCUCUAAGAGGGCUCCCCCUGCCCCGAAGCCGGGGUCACAGCGCUUACCAGAGGGGUCUAGCGGGGUACCGCCCGGGCAGAGAAGUCCCUGUCCUCGGUUCAUCCGGCUUCACAGACAAAGCCCACGUCAGAGCGAUGACUGGCCGGGCCCCUGCUGUCAGCGGGCUGAAAAGGAUUAGGCUCCCUGUCCAUCUUGCUCAGCCCCUGCACAGACGCCCGAAUGUCAGACAAUUUGUUCAAGGUAACCCUGUUUUUAGACGUAUGACAAAACCAAAAAUCAGGUCCAGUUAGAAGAAGUCCGUGAGCUAAAGGGCUCUGACACAUAGCUUGGCUGUCCUGUCAAACAGUAUCGCUGUGAGGGGCCUCUUAAAGUUAACAGGCCAGCAUUUUGUGACGUGUGGGGGGGAACAAAGUGAUUUCAGAGUCCAUUUGUCUGAUUUGCUCUAACGUUUACUGAAAGAAGACACGUCCGACUUUUCUGUGCACAAGCUCCUGUACACCUCCUGCUCUCUCACCUGUGGCUCUGAAACAAGUUGCAUCAUACAAUAAACACACAAAUUACAAAUGGU